AUAAUCCGAUCCGACGACCGGCCACUGACAUUUCGAAGUUUCAAAUCAUUGUAUUUGUAGCGUCUAGACCUAAUAAACUAAUAGAAAUCUGCACUAAUUUUAUAAUCGUUAUAAUUCUUCAUUGAAUACAAUGUUUCGUAAUCAGUACGACAGCGACGUUACUGUAUGGAGCCCUCAAGGUCGUCUCCACCAAGUGGAGUAUGCUAUGGAGGCUGUGAAGCUUGGGUCAGCAACAGUGGGCUUAAAAAACAAACAAUUUGCCGUACUAAUAGCUUUGAAGAGAGCAGUCAGCGAAUUGUCGGCAUACCAGAAGAAAAUCAUACCUAUCGACGAACAUAUCGGCAUCUCUAUUUCAGGAUUAACAGCUGAUGCUAGGAUGUUAAGUCGCUUCAUGCGCACAGAAUGUCUCAAUCACCGCUACUCCCAUGACGCUCCAAUGCCAGUCGGCCGGCUUAUAGCUCUUGUUGGCAAUAAGAUGCAAAUCUGUACUCAGAGAUACGACAAGAGGCCUCUUGGUGUUGGUCUAUUGGUGGCUGGAUAUGAUGAUCAAGGGCCACAUAUCUACCAGACCUGUCCGUCAGCUAACUUCUUUGACUGCCGUGCUAUGGCCAUCGGAGCAAGGUCCCAAUCAGCCAGGACCUAUCUGGAGAAGCAUUUGAAUACUUUCCUCGACAGUGAUCUUCAGGAGCUGGUCGCUCAUGGGCUCCGAGCUCUACGUGAUACCCUGCCCAAUGAAGUUGAUUUGAAUACUAAGAAUGUAUCAAUCGCAAUAGUGGGCCCCAAAACGCCCCUUCGCGUGUGCGACGAGACGGAGCUGAGCAGGUAUCUCUCGCUGGUGGAGGGUGAGGAGAGGCGUGGGGGUGGGGCCGCCACAGGUGACGCGGGGCCCGCCGCCGAGGGCCCGGGGGACCAGGGGGCCCCGCAGCCGCAGGUUGCCAUGGAUACGGAGUAAGCACAAGACUACAAGACAGUCUGGAAGGAGAGGAAACAAAUGAAGAUUCGAAGAUAAAUCCCGCCCCUUCCCACUCCUGUUCCUCAUGGAUAUUUCUUCCCCCCUCUGUUUAUGUUUGCAAAGGUUCGCCUUGGCCAGUGUUUAGGCUUUGUACGACAGCUGCUUGAGUACGAAAAAUUGUGUAAAAAGAUUCUUAAUAAAAAAUUUCUAUUCUUCUAAAUGUAAACAAUGAAAUCAGGUGUGAAUCUAUUUUUUAAGAAUUCAUUAAAUACCUAAUUUCAUUAUUAUUGUACUUUUAAUCACAGAAUUACUUUUUAUUAUCUGACAAUAAAAUCACAUCAGUUUUUGCGGUUUUGACGUCCAUACAUACAACCACCAUACAUACAACAUUAUUCCAGUUAAAGCUUAAUAACAAGUGCUUGAACACUGGCCAAGGCAAGAAAGGAACAAGUCAAUUAAUGUAUUUUUUUCAUAAUAAUAUUAUUAAAUAAAACACUGCGCU